AUGAAAUGGUCUUCUCUGGAUGUGAGGAGAAAAAAAACAACGCGGAAGUUGAGAAAACAUCAACAUCCAGAGAACAGAGCAACAACGGAUGGAACAGCUGUCGCAUCACCAGCCGGAAUCGUUGAACGAUGGACGGUUCCAUCCGAGCAGGUAUUGACGUUAGGGCACGAAAUUCUUCACCGAAGACAACAUGCGGAGAUGAGCCACAGAUUGGCUGGGGGAAAGAUUGAAAGUAGCUGA